CACCUCUAGUAAACACUUCCAUAUGAAAUUCUCACCGCUUGGGAAGUUGUUUAUAAGAAUAUGAAAACAAAAGUACAGUUAUUCUCUUGUGAAUUUCUUUAUUGAUGGAAUACCAGUAUUGUUAAGGACGUAAAUGGAGCGGCUGCGGAACCAGAAAAAAACUCUAUUUUGAAUUAACUUUGCCAAUAUUUAAUGGAAAAUAAGUGUAUUUGAAACUUCCUUUGUUUGACGGUUUUAAAUAUCCAGGAUUCUUAAAUCUAUUAUUGGUUAGUUAACUCUAGACAUUUUUUCUUAGUGUUCUGUUUUAGUCCAAUAUUAUAAUUUUAAUAUGGAAUAUAAACUUGAAGAUAAGUGGCGCAGGUAUGAGAAAAUCGAAUUUUUAGGUGAAGGACAGUUCGCUACUGUGUAUAAAGCUAAAGAUAUAGAAACAGAUAUUAUUGUUGCAGUAAAAAAGAUCAAAGUUGGGAGCAAAGCUGAAGCACGAGACGGAAUUAACAGAACAGCUUUGAGAGAGAUUAAACUUCUACAAGAAUUGAAGCAUACAAAUAUAAUUGGUUUGUUAGAUGUUUUCGGUUAUAAGUCUAAUGUUUCAUUAGUGUUUGACUUUAUGGAUACUGAUUUGGAAGUAAUCGUUAAAGACACAACCAUUGUACUUUCUCCAGCCCAUGUGAAAAAAUAUACACUAAUGACUCUUUUAGGGCUUGAAUACCUUCAUGACAAUUGGAUACUGCAUCGAGAUUUAAAACCAAAUAAUUUGCUUAUAAAUAGUGAAGGAAUCCUGAAGAUAGGAGAUUUUGGAUUGGCUAAAUUUUAUGGAUCUCCCAACAGAAUUUAUACCCAUCAAGUUGUUACCAGAUGGUACAGAUCACCAGAAUUAUUGUUUGGCGCAAGAAUGUACUCGACUGGUGUCGACAUGUGGGCAGUCGGCUGCAUUAUUGCCGAGCUGUUACUUAGAGUUCCUUUCCUUCCUGGUGAAUCAGAUUUAGAUCAACUGACAAGAAUAUUUCAUACACUUGGCACGCCGAAUGAAACGACAUGGCCGGGAAUGACGUCUCUUCAAGAUUAUAUACAGUUUAAAACAUUCCCUGGUACUUCAUUGAAGGAUAUAUUCACAGCGGCAGGCGAUGAUUUAUUAGAUUUGCUCCAAUCACUACUCACGAUUAACCCCUUGAAAAGGAUAACAUGUACUCAGGCUCUUCAAAUGCCUUAUUUCAGUAAUAAGCCAGCCCCUUCCCCUGGAUCUCUGCUUCCUUUGCCAAGUAGCCUCGUACCUACUUUGGUGAAACCAGGAUCUAAACGAAAACUCAUCGAGUCUCAAACUGGUGCGAUUCUUCCUAAGCGUCUGCAAUUUGACACGAGUAUGUGAAGCGCCUCAUAACUUUCAUGCAUCCAUUGAUUGAAUAUUAUAAUCAAAACCAUUUUUUUAUAAUACGUUGUGUAUGAAUUUUGUAAUCUAAUAGAAAUUUUGUAAAACGAUCUUGCGUAUAAGUUGAUUGCACUCUGUAUAAAUUUGCAAUUUGCUCGAAUAAAUAUGUUUUAAGAAACUUUGUAGU